AUGGUCCAGUCGACCGUCCUGGCUGUCCUAGGUCGCGCACGCCGACAACAUCAGGAUUGGUUCGAUGAAAGCGACGCUGCCAUCAGAAAUCUGCUCGCCGAGAAGAACCGUCUGUUCAGAGCCUACGUCUACUGCUCUAUCGACGACAACAAAGCAGCCUUCUACCACAGUCGUCGCCUUGUGCAACUGCGACUGCGCGGAAUGUAG